UACGAGGAAACGAAAGUGUAUGUGUCAAAAAACAAGAAAACAACAUCAAAUCGACGAUGUGAAAUCGAAACAUCGAAAAUCCAAAAAAAUUUCGUUAAAAUUUAAAUUUCGAAUUGUGCAUUACGAAAAAGAAGACAAGAAGGAAUUUGUUUUGCCGACCGAGCAAAUCAAAAGCAAAUAAAUACGAUUCGAAAAUAUCAUCUAUAUAUAGUAAAUGUUCGAAGCAAAAUUUUCUCUCGAAAUUAUUUUUUCAUAUCAAGGGCGGUAUUUAAUUUCAUUAUAGCGAGAACAAUGCGUGUAACCAAUCCAUUGUGCGACAAAAGCAUAUGUAAUUUUGAAUUGGUUACCAAAAACCGCGUAAUUCUUACCACUCUAGUCAGAUUGACGUUUUCGCGUAAUUCAAUGUCGCAGCGAGAAAAUUUUGAAACUAUUUUUACUAGAAUUUUUCAAACGCAAAUAUUUAAAUAUAGUUUUUUACCCUAUCGUGUAGUGAUGAUAAAAAUCGUAUUCAAUAUCAGUUGUUUGUAUGAAUAGCGAGUAUGUUUUUGUCUUCGCGAGAGAGCUAGGAUCGCACACAUAUCGACAACGACCAACGACAUCCAUAAAUCAGUGUUUAUUUUUAGUAAGAGAGGAGAGCAUACACUCGCUCGUACGACACGAGAAUUUUGGUGAACAUUUGUAAAUAUAUAUAUAUGUAGAUGUAUCACAUAUAUACCACAAAAUAUAUGAAUACGUGCAGGUAUAUACGUAUGUAUUAAUUUACGGGUGAAUUGAAAUACAGUCAAUACAGUGUGACAUUGGAUGUUUGUUCAAAUUGAUCGUGCUGAAACAAAAAAAGUAAAUGAACCACUCUAAAGUACCGAAUCUUAAUAUAGUGGCGUGUUUUCGUUCAACCGAAGCGGACCGAGAAAAUCUAUUAAUGAUAUAGAUGAGGUGCUCAGUGUGUUGUUUUUUUUCAACUCAAGUGAAAUAACUUUGAUAUUGAGUGUCAUUUUAUUUGAGAAUUAAUAUCGAUAUUAAGUGAUAUUUCUUUCGAUUAAAGAGACGAAGAAAGGAAAAAAGCAACGAUUAAUUGUGCCUUCGAGAUAACAGUGCAAAAAAAAUAAAAUAUACGGUAACGAGUGUGUGUUUCGGAGCGAGCCGCAGUUAGACCGACCGCACGUACGCACCCGUUCUACGCCUGUGUUCCCUUUCGUUUUUUUUCGUUCUUUCUUUAUUUUUCUUAAUACGCUAUCAUUUUUUCCGAUGCUCUGUUCUCUAUGAGAAUUCUCUGAACGUACUAUAUUGUGACUCGUGAAAUGUUGGAAUAAACGCGAUUGUACAGUGUUCACAAGUUAUUGGCUUUUAUUGCAAUUGUUACAAAAGAAAAACAUCGUCGCGUAUUUUUUUUCAUUGUUACGAGAGAUUCGGCAGAAGCCCGGAGAGUGACAGAGUACGAGGGAGAAAGAAAGAGUUUGGAUAGUGCGAGCUUGAACUCGGAUAAAGAGACUUCACUUUUUUUGACUCUCUACCCUUUUCCUUUGUUUGGAGCUCGAAAACUUUCGAAAAUUGACCUUUUUUUAUAUUUUUUCUCUUAUCUUUGCACCGUUCACAAAACAUCAUGUAUAUUACGUGUAAAUGCUUGAACGUCUCGAUACGAACGAGAGGCAAUGAAUUGAAGGACGUUAAGGACGAUGAUUUGGAGAUCAAUCCGGCCGAACGUGCCGCUGGCUUUUUUAAUGAGAAACUCGCUACGGUCACUGAACUCGAAGGUAUAACUAAGGAACAAUCUGGUCUUGUAGAAGUGAGAAAUGUUGGAUCCUGGAUCAUUCAUUAUUGUUACAAUUGUUCAAUUUACACCCACGCCGUUCAUAGAGAACACGGCGCUGCUUUGGUUCUCAUUAACACCAAUAUGAUUAUGUCUUCCGAUGAAAUAGACAAAAUGAGAGCUAGUCCUAACUAUAGUCCUGUAUUCAGGAUAGUCAUCGUCCGGAAUAGUUUGGAUGAUGGAGAUCUUCUUCAACCGCCAACAAAAUUUUCUGUUUCUCAGCUAUCAAGGCCACGACAAAUGGCCUUGGCAGGCAUUCAGCAACAACUCGAGGAAGCUGUACAGAGACAAGUUGCUGCGACAGAGGAAAAAAUUCGUGCAUUCACCGCCGAACAAUAUCAGAUUUUGGAACAAUUUCGGGAAAAAGCACAUGCAGAACAUACCAUUUUAACAAGGUUGAUUUGCAACAGUGAAGAUACCGGAAAAACGACUAACAACGUUGAAGACAGACCGAACCCGACUCCUGAGAGAGUUAAAGUUAAUUCAACUACCUCAAUAGCACAAUCGAUAAAUUCACAGUCACCGAAUGUUCUCCCUGGCGUGAUCACCGGUGAAAAUAUCAGGCAUCAGGCAGCACCGAAACAUCCAGCUCAUUUACAAAUGAACGGAGGUAACAAAAAGAAAGACAAAGUACAAGUAUUUUGCCAAGAGCCGAGUAGUUUCAAUGAAGAAGCGAUGUUUUCCAUCGAAGGAAUGGACGACGCCUUUUUUCCAGAACAAUUACAACCGUCCGAGGAUGAAUCUGAAACGGACGGUCACGACGAAGGGAUUCAUCUACCGAGAGGUCAGAGAGGAGGCCAUCCAACUUUGGCCAAAUCACUGCCCGUUAGCGUACCUGCUUUUCCAUCAUUCAUAGAAAGGACCAUUCAGGAUGAGGAUGACGAUCAGCUAUCCAGAGAUCCACUUGAUCCACACAACAUUCGAGCUUCAAUGAAAGCUCUCGCCAAAAGCAUACACGGUGACACAGUUUUUGGAGAUUUGCCUCGUCCACGUUUCUCAACGCAGAUCUGACUUGAAAGAGCUGCAGCCUCGCCAAUAACAACGAUCUUAUUCGAUAUCCCAUCAAUUCAGCUCGUUACUAGAAAAACACACGGUCAGUCGUCAUUCGCCACUGAGCGAACGUCACAAUAGUUCGAUAAGAGGAUUUGAGGAUAUUUUUGCACGUACCAAUCUCAGUCAAAUAUUUUGUUGCAUCAGAAGUUCGAUAUUUAGCGGUGGGAGAAUUGUUUUUUUUUUUUUAAAUUUCUGAAUCUUUCACCCUUGAUAUUGUAAUACGAUCAAAGAAUUGUGAUAUCGUUAACAGAUACUUUAAAAAUAAUCUGAUUAUUUAUCCUCUCGAAAAUUUUAAGGCAUUUUCGUUUGAAAUUUUCCCCCAAGCCACUAGAAUAUGGUAAAUUUCUCAAAACAUGUUUUUGUAAACAAAUCCAAUUUUCAUUCGAGUUUCUUUGCACGAAUUUGCUCAAUUAAAGUAUUUGUAAAUUUUCAAACAAACAAAAUUCAUGACCACAAAGACAACAACAGAUUUGUUUUAAAAAGUAAAACUUGGGAUUCCACUUUUAACAAUUUCUCAAAAAGUCCUUGGUAGUAAAAUUGUAACUUCCAAAGUGUUAUUUUUCACAGAUUUUUCUCCGACAACUAAUAUAAAUAACUGUUACAAUUGAAUCUUUGACUGAGAACAUAGAAGAUUUGUAACGUGAGACUGGUCGAUGGUUACAACAGAAGGGUCAUAUGCAUUAAAUAAUAACGAAACGUGAAUAUUUGAACCACUGCGUAUCUCGUAGAAAAAAUUUGAGCGAUUAUUCAUGCCUUAAAAUACACUUCAUACCGUAAUAAUCGUAGUUUGUUUUUGGUAGCUGUACGAAGAAGCUUUAAUGAAAAAUGAAAUGAACCCUCGUCAACCCAGCAUUUACUGGCAAGAACUGAGGCUAUGUUUUUUAGAUAACGUGAAAAAGCGAUAUAUUGCAGAAAAACAAUGAAUCAAUGAUACAAAAUACAAGAUCGACGUAUUAUUCGUUCGUACGAUCGCAUAAAAGUGUCUUGAUUUAAAAAUACAGAAUACUUUUUUUCAUGGUGUUUUAUUUCGCUUGUAGUCAACGCGGCUAUGUAAAAUGCAUGUUUGAACAUGGAGUUCAUUUGAACGAUGCUACCAAAACAAAACGUCCGAAAAAUCAUCGAUAAUUCAUUUUUUACGUCAAAUAAAACAUUUUUAUCGAUGCCCUUGAGAGGUUUGGUCAAUGACACGUUUGUAAAUGAAGCUUUUAUAAAAGAACAAUGUUCGAGAUCUCGAAAAGUUUGUAACAUCCCGGUUAAGUCUGACUUUCAGCCUGCAAAUAAUAUUCAAAGAGCGUUCAAUGAUGUAUUAUAAGCGCAAUCGUUUUUUUGUAGUUUUUUUUACCAUUUUACUUUUUUGCUAAAAUAGGUUCUGGUGUGACAUACCCAUUUUCUAUUCAGAAUACUGUAGAAUUGCCAAUUGUUUUUUUCCCCCCUUUUCGAAGAAUGUGAUUUUGUAUUUGUGGAUAAUAUUUUUAAAUGUGGUCAUUUGGAAUCUCGUUAAGUGGAAAAACCGGGUAAUUCCGCUGUGACGAGUAAUUUGAUUACGAUUCAUAAAACCAUUAUGGUGCAGUUUCUUCGGACUUUUUCACAUAUAAAUCUUUUGAGUUUUUGGAGUUUGGUACGACAAAAUAUUUGUUUUUAUAAGCGAUGCCAUGUAUACAUUAUACAAAAGUGAUCGAGAAAGAAGCAAAGAGCUUUCCGAUUAUUUUCUUUUCAUGCGUUUUCUUCUUUUAUUAUAAUUUACGAAAAAAUGCGUCUUUUUGACAAACAUAAUAACUCUGACCGAAAACUGUAAAAUAUUUUUGACAAUGGCUAAACAAAACAGUGAUAUUUUUGUUGGCUUGAAAGAACUGUCAAUGAUAUAUAAAUUCAUUUCGGUGGUUAUUUUUUUGUUUAAUUGUAUGUUGCACAUUCAUGUAUUUUUUUGCUUACUACAGUAGCAACACCAUUGUGAUACGACCAUAGGCGAAUUUAGUCUGUGUUGAAAAAUAAAAAAUCAUUCGUACAUGGCUCUAGAAUUAGUAAUAGAAACAUAUAAUCGGAGAGAAGUGCGAUGCUUGUUUCAGUCAGGACGGAUCCGUAAAUUCGUCGUGCAAAAAAAUCCACAUUGGCCUUAUGAUAUAAUUGUAAAUUGUAAUAUUUUUUAAUAUCGUUUAAUUAAAUAUUUUGUUUAUUUUUUAACCUAUAAAAAUGAAGAAUGACAGAAAAAGAAGCAAAAAAAAGUAGAGAAACAACUUGAGCCAUUAGCUGUUAUAGUUUUUACAUGUUUAAAUGAUGAAAUUGUGAAAUUUGCCACGAAUGAUAUAUUUUACUUUAUAGAGUUAUGUAUCUUUUCUCUUUUUAUUUAAAAAGAUAUGGAAGAACCACCGAAACGUUGCGUUGGAAUUAAAUCGCGCGCAUGUUAUAGAUUAUGAUCGUACUGAUAUAAUUAGUAAUAAUUCGAAACCAGUUAUUAAUGUAAACACAUUCGAUCUAUUGCAACUACCGAUAGUUCAAACGUAAAAUAGAUUUUUUUACUAAAGAUCGUACACAAUUGAUACUCGAUUCUCAUCAAUCAUUAUUUUAUAAAGAGUUCUCUCAUAGUUUUAUCGUAUUAUAAUAACGAGGUAAAUGACUGACAAUGACGUAUAGUGUUUUUCUACACCGAUAUUAUUCAGUAUCCAGGUGCUUUGUGCAUUCAUUUGCAUCCCUUACAAUAGUCAAUCACGUUCAUAAAUACUGUUUGUUUCGAUUUUUCAUUUCCAUCGAUAAUGACAUGUUACGAAGUGAAUCAUUUAUAAAAUAGCUUCGCUGAGUCACGAAAUACUUGAAUUUCACGUUACCACUGAUAGUCAUGUAAACAAAAAGGAAAAAAUGAAUAACUGUUUCCGCUAAAUCAUCCAUCAUUCAGGCAUGUUCGUGAAAAGCAUUUUGGAGAGUGUUGCAGUCAAUAAAACGACCAAUUUUUCUACGCUCCUUUCUCUUUGAUUUUUUCAUCAUUGAAUUUCGCUUUAGCCGAAUAACCUGAAGCGUCAUUGUUAGUUACCAUCUUUAUUAAUAAUAAGCGAUUUUCCACAGAGUGUCCACGAAUCAUUAGAAGAGCAAUGUUGUCCAGCUUAUUGUCAUUGUGAGAGAAAAAAAUACACUGUGAAAUUUUUGUAUUUUGUUUUUUUUUUUUGGAAUGCGAAUGACGUUGCGACGAGUCAAGAAAUUGCUUAUACUACAAACGAAGAACGAUUGAAUGAUUGUACAAUGAGGAUAACGAAAACAAAAAAGCUCUUAUAUCAUGUACCAUACAAAGGAUCUAUUGAAAAUAAAGAGAAUAUACUCAUUAUACUGAAA